UUUGAUACAGCGAAGUUGACAGCUUCAGGGGAAGACAAAAAUGGCACGAAGCUGUUUUUACAAGGAUGUCCUGCCUCUUGCAGCCAUGCUUGCAACAAUAACUGCUGCUAUAGGAUUGAACACUCUAUUCAAAGCUGCUUCUUUGAAAGGGAUGAGCUACUUUGUCUUUCUAUUUUACUCAAAUCUCAUCAAUACUCUUCUCAUGCUUCCCAUUCCCUUUCUCCUUUGCCGUAGAACUAUUCUCCCCUUGUUCAAAUUCCCUCUUCUCUCUAGAAUCUGUGCGCUUGGGAUUAUUGGACUUGUUUGUCAACUCAUAGGAUACAAAGGAAUACAGUAUAGUUCUCCAACUAUGGCUUCUGCAAUGAGCAAUGUCACUCCAGCUUGGACUUUCUUAUUUGCUGUCAUUUUCAGGUUGGAGAAACUGGCAUUGAGGAGCUCAAGCACUCAGAGUAAAAUCAUUGGAACUAUAGUUUCAAUAUUGGGUGCAUUAAUAAUGGUUCUCUACAAAGGACCAAUAAUUCUGUCAACUUCAUCUACAACAUCACCCAUUUCAAUUCCCCAGCCUGUGAGAUUACCAGCAUCAGAUUGGGUCAUUGGUGGUCUUUUACUUGCUAUCCAGCAUAUUGGCUAUGCAUUCUUGUUUAUUCUUCAGACACAAAUGAUGCAAAUAUGUCCAUCAGAGCUCCUUGUUACAUUCUUCUGCUACUUGUACUCUACUGUAAUAUCAGCACCAGUUUGUUUCAUAGCAGAACCUGAGUCGAGUGCUUGGAGAAUAAGGCCUGAUAUAACAAUGGUGGCGCUCAUAUACUCGGGAAUUCUUGGGGGAGCCACUCUGGGGAUUUUGCACUUAUGGUGCCUGCGCUUGAAGGGUCCUGUAUAUGUUGCAGCAUUUACUCCACUGUCAAUUGCCAUAGCAGCUGCUAUGGCUUUUAUUUUCCUUGGAGAUGCUCUUCAUCUUGGGAGUGUUGUUGGAGCAGUUUUCAUAUCGAUUGGAGUUUAUGCUGUGAUAUGGGGAAAGAGCAAAGAAGAAAAAGUGAGAGAGAUAUGCAGCUCUAGGAGCUUGGAAUCCUCCUGUGAUGGUAUCCAACCUCUGUUGCAAGAUUAUAGAGUUGAAGAAUCGUUGAACAAAAAUGAAUGCUGAUGGAAUCUUACAGCUUAGUCUGAUCCCGAAGAUAGAUAUGUCUCUCAUUUUAUGUCAAGAAUUUGAGUAUUUCUUUUCUCUUCUCUGUAAAAAAAUCUAUUAAAAAAUGGGAAAAAGUGAGUGGUGAUUAAUGCCUUGGCUU